AUGUCACUACAGGUUCUUCAGAGGCACGAAAAGCCAAUCUGGCCCAAGGAAGAGUUGAGCUGCCUCCUGGUUGGUGAUGGAGCUGUGGGAAAGACGAGCAUGAUCAUCAGCUACAUCUUCAAUGGAUACAACAGCAUAUACAGGCAGACAGCUUUCGACGUGUUUACUGGUUUGGUUUAUGUGAAUGGAUUACCAACACGGCUUAAACUGAUAGAUAGUGCUGGACAGGAUGAGUUUGGCCAUCUUCGCUCUCUAUGCUACGCCCAUGUGGACGUCUUCAUCCUGUGUUUCAGCCUCGUCAAUCCCGUGUCUUUUCAUAACAUCAUUUCCAAGUGGAUCCCGCAGAUUCGUGGCCAGAACCCCACCACUCCUAUCGUCCUAGUGGGUACCCAGUCUGACCUCUGCCACAAUGCUGAUGUUCUCAUUAAUCUUGCCCAGCGGCGUGCCAGACCGGUAGCACCGGGUCUGGCCAAGAGGCUGGCUCGCAAGAUCCGAGCUCACGACUACAUGGAGUGUUCUGCUCUGACUCAGCACCACCUCAAAGAUGUGUUUGACUGUGCCAUCUUUGCUGCCAUGAAGCACAAGCACAAUGCUGCAAAAACCAAAAAGAUGAGUUUGGGUAAAUGCUAUAAGACCUUGUUUGAAUGUGCAUGGAGGAGAAUCUUCAAAUUGAUGUAA